AUGUCAGGCUUAGAAGGACUUGAGGCUUGCGAUGAAAUAAGAGAAAGGAGAUCAGACUUUGAGAACUCUGAAGAUGAGAAACGGCGUUCUAAGAUUGGAGUUCUGAAAAAGAAGGCAAUAAAUGCUUCCAACAAGUUCACUCAUUCUCUCAAGAAAAGAGGAAAAAGGAAAGUUGAUUGCAGGGUUCCUUCUGUUUCCAUAGAGGACGUACGUGAUGCAAAAGAGGAGUGUGCUGUCUAUGAUCUACGUCAAAAACUCUUUGACAGGGAUUUGUUGCCAGCUAGACAUGAUGACUAUCAUACACUGUUGAGAUUCUUGAAAGCAAGAGAUUUUAAUAUUGAAAAAACCAUACAGAUGUGGGAAGAAAUGCUAAAUUGGAGGAAAGACUAUGGAAUAGACACCAUACUGGAGGACUUUGAAUUUGAAGAAUUGGAAGAAGUCUUGCAGUACUACCCUCAAGGAUACCAUGGAGUUGAUAGGGAAGGCAGGCCCGUUUACAUUGAAAAGCUUGGCCAAGCUUAUCCAAGCAAAUUAAUGCGUACAACCACAAUUGAUCGCUACUUAAAAUACCAUGUUCAAGAGUUUGAGAGGGCUCUACAUGAGAAAUUCCCUGCAUGUUCCAUUGCAGCAAAGAGACAAAUAUGUUCAUCAACAACAAUUCUGGAUGUGCAAGGCCUGGGUGUUAAGAAUUUCACGCCAACAGCUGCUGGCCUCCUGUCAUCCAUGGCAAAAAUUGACAACAAUUACUACCCUGAGACUCUACAUAAGAUGUUCAUUGUUAAUGCUGGUCCUGGCUUUAAGAAGAUGCUUUGGCCUGCUGCUCAGAAAUUUCUUGAUGCAAAGACUAUUGCGAAAAUACAGGUAUUGGAGCCUAAAUACUUGGGCAAAUUACUUGAAGCCAUUGACCCAAGUCAGUUGCCUGAUUUCUUAGGUGGCUCAUGCACUUGUUCUGCUGAAGGAGGUUGCCUUAGGUCUAAUAUGGGUCCGUGGAAUGAUCCUGAAAUAAUGAAGCUUGUAUAUAAUGCAGAGGCAAAAUUUGUGAGGAAAAUCACCAGAGUAUCUGGUGACCUGCAGAAAUUUGAUUCUUAUAUACAAAUAUGCCCCUUGAAGGGAAGAAGUGGUAGUACAUCUAGGUUGGAACCAGCGGUAGCUGUUGAUGACCCUUGUUCUCCAACAAAACAAAUUAGCUCUACGUAUUCACAAUUUGGUCCAGUCUGUGAAGAUGAUGGAGCUGCUGAGCCAGUUAUCUACUACAGUUGCGAUGAUCACUUUACCGAGGCUGAUAGAGCUAUUGGCACUGACCAAGGAAUAGGAUGUUCUCAGAAUCAAUCUUCUAAAGGUUAUGAUGCGGAGAAUUUUUCGAGCGACUUGAACCUGAAUUCAGAAGGAGCCCAGGUGAUCCAUUGGUUUGACACAAUCAAUGAAAAGGUUGUAAAGAGGAGUUUCCGUUAUAUGGCAAGAACAUUGAUAUCAUUUAUUGUCAAACUGCAUGCAUUUCUUCGUAGUGUACCCUUUGAGUUCUGGAGAAGACAUAACAACAUAUAUCCAUCUAAUGCGUUAGAAGACAAUCCAGAUAGCCGUUCACCUCUUUGUCCUGAAGCUGUCAGUGAAGAAGAUCGUGUCCUUCCUUGUGUACAGCGUCUUCAAAAACUUGAAAAACUACUCGAAGAACUUAACAAGAAGCCUGCUGAAAUUCCUUUGGAGAAGGAGCAAAUGCUUCAGGAGUCAAUGGACAGGAUCAAAUUGGUGGAGUUUGACCUUGAGAAAACUAAGAGAGUAGUACAUGCUACAGUGGUGAAGCAACUUGAGAUUGCAGAGUUGCUGAAGAAUCUGCGGGAGUCCAAAUUUCGAGUAAGUCACUCUUCAUUAAAAAAAUUGGCUGUCCAUGAUUUCAGAUGAAUAUUUGUUAAAGGAACAAAAAAAAUUGGCAUAGAUCCAUCAGUAGGUGAACGCCUGAACCUAAUGACCAUCCUAGUAAUUGACAAUUGAACUGAGGAAGCAUGUAGAUGACUUUUAGGGGCAUUUUUUUUUUCUCUGUGACCCUUUUUGGUUUAUUCCACCACCGAAUAUUUGCUUGUUUAGUUUGGUAGAACCUGAACCCAGUUCUGUUGUGCUCCAUUUGAAGUUUUAAUAUCCUGAGAGAGGAAAGUUGGUCAGUCUUUUGAAGCACCAUACCAAGUGUUUAUAUGAACGAAAUAAACUAUGCUUCCACUCAUCCCAAUGUUCAUUCACCAUCCAAUAAUUGCAUUUGUUUUCGUAUAUCCUUUCCA